AUGAGCGGCGGCGGCGCCGGCAUCGGCGGCGGCGGCGGCAGCGCCGGCGCCGGUGGUUCCGGUGGGGCGCCCGUCACCCCCGGAUCGCUCCUCGACUCAUCCGUGACCCAGCUCUCCGGCCGCAACUCCACCCUCGUCUACUCCUCCUCCAUCGCCGCCGCCGCCGCCAACGCGACCGGCGACGCGCCGCCCGCGGGCGCGCCGCCGCCGCCGCCGCGCGUCGACCCGCCCCUCUUUGCGUACCCGCCCGUCGGCGACCUGCCCACGGUCUACUUCACGGCCAGCAUGAAGGACCUCGACUCCCCGGACGAGUUCACGGCCGCCAUGCAGGCUGCGUACAUUCAGGCGGUGUCCGCAUUCCUGGGGGCCUCCCCCUUGGGCGGCCCCGUGGCCGCGGCGUCGGUGCUGGCAGUGCAGGCCGCGGCGGACGGCGUGUGGGUGGUCACGAAGGUUGAGAUGCUGCAGGACCCGGACAAGAGCCUGAGGGGCCUGCUGCUGACGACGCUGAGGCUCCACGCCGCCACCGCAACAGGCCUGUGCGCGUCUCACUGA